UUUUACAGGAGACUUUUAGGAAACUUCAUAGAUCAUCCGCAGGGUGUGCACAAGGGGACUUUUGCUUCCGCAGCUUCCUCUAGGAUUUGCUCUAUGUGGCGAAUCUGCCAUUGUAGUACGGUGGUUAGGCGCUCAAGAACCCGAGGUGACCCUUGUAGAAUCUGCUGCGGGAAGAACGACGCGGGGGUUGCUUAGGCACUACUGUCAUGGCAGCGGCUACCUCUAACGCUGGGGCCUCCGCGCCGGAGGCGGCGGGUUCCACCGAAGCCCCCCUGCAAUACAGCCUUCUUCUGCAAUACCUGGUGGGUGACAAGCGUCAGCCCCGGCUCCUAGAACCUGGUAGCCUGGGCGGGAUCCCGAGUCCGGCCAAGAGUGACGAGCAAAAGAUGAUUGAGAAGGCGAUGGAAAGCUGCGCCUUCAAGGCAGCGCUGGCCUGCGUGGGAGGAUUCGUCUUGGGAGGUGCAUUUGGGGUGUUCACCGCUGGCAUUGAUACCAAUGUGGGCUUUGACCCUAAGGAUCCCUACCGUACACCAACUGCAAAAGAAGUUCUUAAAGACAUGGGACAGAGAGGAAUGUCCUAUGCCAAAAACUUUGCCAUUGUGGGCGCCAUGUUUUCUUGCACUGAGUGUUUGGUAGAAUCCUACCGGGGAAAAUCAGAUUGGAAGAACAGUGUCAUUAGUGGUUGCAUUACUGGAGGAGCCAUUGGUUUCAGAGCUGGCUUAAAGGCUGGAGUCAUUGGUUGUGGAGGUUUUGCUGCUUUCUCUGCUGCAAUCGAUUAUUACCUACGAUGAGAAUAACUCCCUGUGGGGAAGGCUGACACCUGCUCAGUAUCAGAGCUGUUCCGUGAACAGUUUCUGCACCACUCCAGGGCACUUGCCUGAAAGACUGAAGACAUUUGUUUCCCCUCUUUUAGUUGUGGGGGAAGCUGCCUGGCUAGGGUCUGCCUCCAGCUUUCUGGGCAGCCACACUCUGUGCUGCUGUUCCCAGACUACAGCCAGAGCUUUACCAGGAUGUGCUGUGGCCAGAGCCUUUGUUAGAGCAAGAUCAUGAGAUAAUGUGUUGACUUUUAGGAAUUAAGCUCCACAAAGAUUCAAUCUUGACCAUAGCCGGUGCUCUGGGUUGUUUGGUACUGUGGGGACAGAGAUGUUGGUAUUCUCUACCUAUACCCAGGAAGGUGUUCUGCCUUGGAACCCAGUGCAGUCAUCCAUCUUGCAUAUCUGGGCUGGGCAAAGUAAAUUCAUACCAUCCAACCAAUUACUUCA